AUGAAGUUGGCGCGAGCGUGGAAGAGGAGCGCGCGGGCCUCGGGGGAUCCUGGAGGCCAGGUGUGGCCUUCCGGAGAUGUACUUCCAGAGUGCUCUGUGAAUUUCCAAGAGCAACAGAAGAUGAAUAAAUCUCUGGGGUUGGUAUCAUUUGAGGACGUGGAUGUGGACUUCACCUGGGAGGAGUGGCAGGACCUGGAUGAUGCUCAGAAGACCCUGUACAGGGACGUGAUGCUGGAGACGUACAGCAGCCUGGUGUCCUUGGGGCAUUGCAUUACCAAACCCGAGGUGAUCUUCAAGUUGGAGCAAGGAGCAGAGCCGUGGAUGGUAGAAGAGUCCUCAAACCAGAGCCUCCCAGAUGUCCAGAUAGUCAAUGACAUAAUGGAGAGGAGCCAGGAAAUUCACAGUAGGCAUCUGUGGCAAGGUAUAAUGACCAACAGAAAAACAUCAAAUGAGAGAGUUGAAUUAGGAGAAGCACUUAAUUUGAGCUCAAACCAUAUUCCAGAUCUGAUGAUAAAUAAUGGAAACUAUUCAGGGAUGAGUCCUGAGGAGUUUGAUGGACAUCAGAAUGGGUUUGUCCCUAUUGAACCUGAUGAGAUGCAGGUGGGAGAGAAACCUGAUGAUCAAAGUAUAACUGAGGAAUCUCUUAUACCUGAUAAACAUCUUUGUCAUCGUCAUAAGAUGCAAUCUGAGCAGCAGCUUUUUGAAUAUAGUAGACCAGUAAAAGCCUUCAACACAGAAGCAAUAUUUAUUAUACAUAAGAGGGUUUAUGUGGGAGAAACAUCCUGUAAAUAUAAUAAAUAUGAGGGAGACUGUGAUAAGUCAGCACUCAUUGCCCAGAAGAUAACUUUUGAAUGUAAUGUAUGUGGGAAAGCCUUCUAUAAAAAGUCUAAACUUACUAAACAUCAUAAAAUACAUUCUGGGGAGAAACCUUAUAAAUGUAAAGAAUGUGGGAAGUCCUUCAUUAAGAAAUCAUACCUUACAAACCAUCAGAAAACACAUACACAGGAGAAACCUUAUGCAUGUACCAAAUGUAAGAAAUCUUUCCGUCAAAAGUCAAACCUAACUGUCCAUCAGAGAAUCCACACAGGGGAAAAACCCUAUGGAUGUAAUGAAUGUGGGGAAUCUUUCUGCCAAAUGUCAGCCCUUAUCUAUCAUCAGAGAAUACACACAGGAGAGAAACCCUAUGAAUGUGCUCAGUGUGGGAAAACCUUCUACCAGAAGUCAGCCCUUGGUGUACAUCAGAGAACUCACACAGGGGAGAAACCCUAUGAAUGUAAUGAAUGUGGAGAAACCUUUUACCAGAAGUCAGUUCUCACUGUUCACCACAGAACUCACACAGGUGAGAAACCAUAUGAAUGUAAAGAAUGUAGGAAAACUUUCUACAAUAAAUCAGCCCUGACUGUACAUCAGCGAACUCACACAGGCGAGAAACCAUAUGAAUGUAAACAAUGUAGAAAAAACUUUGCCCAGAAGUCAAAACUCACAGUACAUCAGAGAACUCACACGGGGGAAAAACCGUAUGAAUGUAAUGAAUGUGGAAAAACUUUUUGCCUGAAUUCAGUUCUUACUAUACAUCAGAGAACUCACACUGGGGAAAAACCUUAUGAAUGUAAUAAAUGUGGGAAAACCUUCAGCCAAAAAGCAAAUCUCAGGAUGCAUCAGGGUACACACACACGGGAAAAACCGUAUGAAUGUAGUGAAUGUGGGAAAACCUUCUACCAGAAGGCAGCUCUCACUACACAUCAGAGAAUUCACACAGGGGAAAAACCCUACAAAUGUAAUGAAUGUGGAAAAUCCUUUAGCCAGAAGUCAAACCUCAGGAUGCAUCAGAGUACUCAUACAGGGGAGAAACCUUAUGAAUGUAAUGAAUGUGGAAAAUCCUUCUACCAAAAGUCAGUCCUCACUACGCACCAGAGAACUCACACAGGGGAAAAACCCUAUGAAUGUAAUGAAUGUGGAAAAACCUUUCGCCAAAGGGCAAACUAUAGCAGGCAUCAGAAAAUUCACAUGGGAGAGAAACCCUAUGCAUCUAAUGAAUGUGGGGAAACCUACCAGAAAUCAUCUUUCACUGUACAUCAGAAAACUCACACAGGGAAGAAAUCCCAUGAAUGUAAUGAAUGUGGGAAAAUAUUCUACCAGAAGUCAUCCCUCAAGAUACAUGAAAGAAUUCACACUGGGGAGAAGCCCUAUGAAUGUAUAGAAUGUGGGAAAACCUUUUGCCAGAAGUCAACCCUCAAUAGACAUCAGAGAACUCAUGGAGGUAAGAAACCAUAUGAAUGUAAAGAAUGUAGGAAAGCGUUCUACCAAAAGUCAGCCCUCACACUGCAUCACAGAACUCACAUGUGAGAAGGCCUAUUAAUGUAUUGACAGUGAAAUGCCAUCACCAAAAGAGAUGUUACAGUACAUUAGAGAAUAUGUACAGUGGAUAAACCCUGUGCAUUUAACCAAUGUGAGAACUUUUUCAGCCUUAAGUCAAGCCUUACUAUCUGUCCGUCAGAGAAUUCAUGCAGGUAAAAACCCUGUGGCUGUACUGAAUGUUGGAAAAACCUUUUAGUAUAUAAAUGUCAAACCUCAGGCAUCGGGAAAUUCACACAGGAGAGAAACACUAAGAAUGUAAUGAAUGUAGGAACACCUUUUGGCUGAAGUCACAAUUUAGGUAUCAGGGGACUCAUACAGAAGAGAAAUCCUGUGUGGUGGAGACUGGCUAUGUGUUCUACAGAAUUUGCUUUUUUCUCUUGGACACACCUCACAUUGCAUUUCUCAGCCUCCCCUUAGUGUGAGUGGGCCCAUGUAACUGAAUUUUGCAGUGGAAUAUGUAUAUAAGUGAUGAUUAUUACUUCCAGGCAGGCCUAGAUCAGACAAAAACUGCCAUGCAGUCAUCCCUGUUUUCUCGGGUCCUCUGGGACUGAUUUGCAAAUGACCCUCAUGGUGGCCUCAGGAGCUAUAGGUAGGAGAAGAUGACUAUGAUUUAAGACUAAAGGAAUUGAUUAGAAAAAGUAGUCUUCCCAUUCCUAUCCCAAAGUCCUAUGUUUGUAAUUUACGUGAGAAAUAAAUACCUACAACUUUGA